CGCAUCUCAAUGUCCAUCUCCGCCAUCCUAGUCCAAAAAGCCUCCGUUCCAAUACGAUUACAAUCUGUCUCGCCUCCACUCUGCAGUUCCAACAAGCCAUCACCGGCAACAACGAUUCCCAAGAAUCACCCAAACUCCUCUCUAACGGCCACCACAGCUCGGCACCUCCUACACAGCCGACACACCGCAAGCCCCUCCGCUCCCCUCCCACAUACCCACACCCACGCCUCCGCCAUGUCGUUCGGCCGCGCGCCGUCCCCGGGCGCCGAGUCCAACUCGUCCUCCCUCACCCCUCCGCCAGACGAGGACAUGUCCGCCGGGCCAUCACAGCGCAGCGUUCCCGCGUCCCCCAUGUCCGCGCUGUCUGAUGCGCCGCCGACCUCGCCACCCAGCCCAGCCAAGGCAGCGGCACGGCCGACAAGGCGGCAGUCGAUCGAGCUCAAGGUGACCGAGCCCGCCGCGGAGCCAGCAGAGGCAGAGGCUGCCGCCGAGCCAGAGCCUGACAAGGCCGAGGCGCCGAAGAUCAAGCUCAAGAUCAGUGCUCCGGCAGAGGCGAGCGGAAGCGCAGCUCCAAAGCCGAAGAGGGGGAAGAAGAAGGCCGCGGUGGUGGAGGAGGACGAGGCCGCCGUGCCCGAGACCAAGGAGGUCGAGCAGGCCGAGCCCGCCGAGCUGCCGAAGCGCAAGGGCCGCAAGCCACCAGCCAACGACAACGACGGCGAGGACGCACCGGCACCAGCACCAAAGUCGCGCCGGCGCGUGGUGGGCUCGGACGACGAGUACGAGGCCGAGCCUGAGCCGGCGCCAGCGCCGGUCGCGGCGGCGCCGGCACCAGGCAAGGCGCGCAAGAAGGCGACCGGGCGCGGCGCGCCGCCUAAGCGCGUCGAGAAGGAGAAGGAGGAGCCGGCGCGGGCCAAGUCGGCGUCUGCUCCACCACCAGAAGAGGACGAGCCGAAGCCGAAGCCCAACAAGGUGGUCGACACGCCGACCACCGAGUCGGCGAAGAAGAAGCUGCCCCCGAAGCGCAGGGCAGACGACACGCCAAAGGGCAGCCCGUUACCUGCUCCCAAGCGUGCGGCUGGCACGCCGAGCGCCAGCGGCAGUGGGAGCCGCUUACCCGCGGCUAGCGCUGCGACGAGUCUGCUGUCCGCCACGCUGAGCAAGUUUGGCUCCAAGUCGGACCUGAAGGGCGGCAAGGAGAGCCCCGCGCCCGCGGAGAAGCGGAGCGUCGGCGGCUGGACUGACGACUGGGUCUUGACUCCUGAGGACGAGCUCAAGCUCAAGUCUGUUGCGACGUCGCGUGCCCGCGCAGCGGCGGAGCGCAAGAACGCCACGCCGGUCCCGCUCAACCUUCAAGAGGCCAAGGACGCCUACCGCGUCGACAGCGCCAAUGUCCCCCGUGCCAUUCGUAUCGAGGGCGCGUCCAGCUUCCUCACUACAGACAUGCCGUCGCGCAUGGUCGCCGCUGUCCUCGCAGCCAAGGCCCGUAGAUGAGCCCUUAUUGCCUCCUUGUAGAGCCACCUG